AUGUCUGACUCGGUGGAUUCCACCAACCCUGGCGAUGCUGCUGCUGGUGACGUACCCCCAACAAAGCAUUCGCUAAGAGCCCGAGAUGCGGCCUUCACUGGUGUGACUACCCGUGAGGAAGACUUGGCCCAUGGCCCUUCACUCUUAGGGUUAGGUGAUGGGCAAGGUGACCCAUACAUUGAUUUGACCUGGGAAACGACGGAGAACUAUGUUCCACAGGCAGGUGUACUGUCGUUACUUCCAUUUAGGUUGCCCCAGCAAGGGCUCACAGAGGUCAUGUCAUCUUCUGAACCUUCACACUCGGGACCUUCUUACACUGUUCCAGCCCAGAGCGUCUCACAGGCAAGCAAUUCACAUGGCGAGGAAGUGCUGCUUGCUUCCACAGAUGAGCCAAGGAGCAUUCACUCAUUGUCAUGGAUCCCUGAGUUUUCAUGGCAGGACGCGCGCCUGUGUUUUGAUGGUCAGCCACUGGAGCUGCUAGCAACACGCGAUGGCCAGUUUUCGAGAGGUGGCCCUGGCUCAGAGCAUGAGUUUUCGAUAUCUCAGAGGUCCUUUCCCCGUAUAGGAGGGCCCAAUCGCGGACAUGACGAGUUUCAGAUAUCUGUAAUUGCUGGCAUCAGAAGUUUCGUCGAUUCAGACGAACACCAGGAUGAAAACAACUUUGACGAAAAGUCGGAGAUCACAUCCGCAGCAAGCUCCGUUUCCAGCGAUACUUCGCAGUCUGAAGCCGCCUUUCGAGGAGAAUUCAUCGACGCAAGUCAAUAUGCUCAGGAGGAGAUUGCCUGUCAGGAAACUGUCAACAACAUAGUGGAAACACUUGUCGACGACUACUACAGGUCGUAUGCGCCACAGAAACGGACUCUUGCAGCAAAGCGUAAGCAAGCUGAUCGAAGCUCCAGUAGUUCGACCAAGAACACUCGAGCAACAGUUGUACGGAAAUGUGUCAAACCGACAGGCCGCAGAGGUCAGACUAUUGAUGGGGAUGAAGGAAGUGAGGAUGAGGAGUCUAGCGGUAAUGGGCAAAGCCCGUCCGUUACUGAUACAUCUUCCGAAAAUAGCCUCUUUUGGGCUUGUCCUUUCAUGAAGUGGGAUCCCAGAAAGCACAGAGGAAGUUGUGUCAAGAAACUCAGGGACAUAUAUCGCCUCAAAAAGCACAUUCAAGAGAGGCACUUCUCCCAUCAUUGCCGUUUCUGUUUCAAAGAGUUUCGGCCAGAGGAUUUGACCAAACACGAGGAAACAUGCGAAAAUAUACUUGGCCUUCCGACAUGCCCGCCCCCAGUCGGACUUAUCACGAGGGAUAUGGCAACUGCGAUCAAUGAGAGAUCUGAUACCAGAUUGACUCCAAAGGAGCAAUGGGAGAGACUUUUCAAGAUUGUCUUCCCCCACGAGCCAAUCCCUUUGAGCCCCUAUCUCGACUAUGAGAGGGAACUGGUUUAUUGCUACGACUACUUCCGUCGGCAAUCUGUGAAGCAUCAGGUUCGUGAAAUGAUACAGGAAUCUCAACUUGGCCAUCUAAGUAAAAGACUCACGAGGUGUGCGUUUGAACAACUACUAGCAGAGUUGUGGGACAACCUCUAUACCGAAGAUGAGAUCAGCGCUCAGGUAGCUUCCGAAGAAGAAACAGUCGAUCAAGCACAACCCAUUUCGACUAUGGAAGUCGACAUACCUGAAAACUCACACACACCUGACUCGAGGGGCUUCGGAUAUGAUCAGGAAGAACUCGCCGCAAUUCAGCCUAGUGUGUUGGUAGAAGUCGAUAGCACCACCACUCCCAUCCCAGAACUAUUUGACGACCAGUCAGAGAUUGGAGUCGGGGAAGAUCUUGAUCAUCUUGAAGCCAUUGAAAUCUCCGGAUUUCCCUGUUCAGAUGUUGCUGGAAUCGCGAACUUUGAAGAGAUUGGGAGUGAUCCCUUUUCGAGGCCUGGGGCAGGGGAUCUUCCUUGGUAUGGUGGACAAGAGAUGUUUGAGGCGGAGCUCGAUCAAAUGAGGGGGGAUCAGACUCUUUCCAGGGGACUUAGCUUAUGAUUCAUUGCUUUCAAUUUCAU